GGGCUUAGUCUCCCUCCAUCUCCACUCCCAGCGCCACUUCAGCACCGUGUCCCAUCGACUGGACGUCGACAAAACCGAACAGCGUGUUCCACCACGUCUCUGAACUCCACGCCGUCAAAGUGGACCGGUGAUGACCUGGGGCUCGGAUAUUCUGGGCUUGAGAAGAGCUAAGUGAUGCGCAUCUCCAGGAGGUCACCGUUUGGGCAGGUAUGAGACCUGUGGCGUUCGUGGAUGAAGGACCAGCAGAUGUCUAGAGCACCCCAGUGUGGAUGUAGCCCCAUAUUCUACUUCUACAUCACCAGCAGGCCUGGCCCACUUCAGCUUCACAUGGAUGGAUCUCACUGUCGGAGCUGUACUCAUGGAAUACAAAGCCCGUGCUGGUGAGCAUGCCUGCCUGUCCGCGUCCACUCCUCCCCGGGAGACUCUCCAGAGCCCUCUCCUCCUGACACCGCUUCUCCACUUGGACAUCCCCUGGUCGCUUCAAGCCCCCCUCGCCAUGAAGACGACUGCUCGGUGAUUUUGGUGCCUCUGCACGCCUGCACGGACCAAAGACCCCCUAUUUUUGGAUCGGGCUUUUGUUGGCUACACACAGGAUUUAUCUGCGCUGUGGGCUUCCUUUGUGUCAAAGGGCUUAACGCAGAGUGCGCGGACGGCAACAGAGCGGGGGCUUUUUGCUUCGCCCGCUGUUGCGCCCAGCUUCUCUCUUUGUGGCCGGGCCGUGAUGGCAGCCGGCCGCCCGGAGGCGCAGGACCACCCGCCCGAGAAUGGCUUCACCCCGCUGGAGCACCCGGUGCCAAGGCUACUGCCGCACAUCGAUGGCACGGUCCUGCCAUCUCUGGGGGGUUUUGGAAAACAUCAGAAGCAGCUCGUGGUCCUGACCUGGAUACCGGCAUUGUUCAUCGGCUUUAGUCAGUUUUCGGAUUAUUUCCUCCUGGCUCAGCCCAAUGGAACGUGCAUGCAACCCCUCGCGAACGACAGUAACUGGACCGCGGCAUACCCGCCGGUCACCGUCGCCGGCGGCGCGCCCGCGCUGCAGCUCACAGGCAACGGAACCGAGGGCGCAUACGGCGACAGCGGCGGUAUGCCGUGCGACUGCAAGGAGUUGAGGCUGGAGCUGCAGACGGGACUUAGUCAGAAUGUGGUUACCAAGUGGAACCUGGUGUGUGACUCAGCCUGGAAGGUGCACAUUGCCAAGUUCUCUUUGCUGGUGGGCUCCAUAUUUGGCUACCUAGUGAUGGGUGUCAUGGCUGACUGGUUUGGUCGACACCCGGUGUUGAUUCUCUCGGUGCUUUUCAUGCUGGUGUUUGGUCUGAGUGUUGCCUUCUCUGUGAACGUCACCAUGUUCAGCACCUUGCGCUUCUUUGAGGGUUUCUGCUUGGCGGGCCUCGCUCUCUCCCUCUACGUGCUCAGGAUCGAGCUUUGUUUGCCAGCCUGGCGUUUCUCCAUGACCAUGGUGGCCAGUUUUCUGAUGGUGGGCGGGCAGCUACUGAUGCCAGGGUUGGCCGCUCUGUGCCGCAAUUGGCCGGACCGCGAUGACUGGCAGGUCCUGCAGAUUGUCAUUAUCAGCCCUUUUGUUCUGAUGCUGCCCUACGUCUGGCUUCUUCCAGAGUCGUUGCGCUGGUUGCUGGCCACCCAGCACUACAGGCGGUCCAAAGUCAUGAUGCUGCGUAUCGCCAAGAAGAACCAGGUUAACAUGACAACCGAGCCACAUGGAGUUCUGUUAGAGCUGGAGCAGGAGCUGCACAAGAAACCCCAGCCGACCUGUAUUGUGAAGAUGAUGAGCACCAGGAACCUGUGGAAAAACAUUGUGGUGCUGUGUGUGAACUCGCUGACGGGUUACGGGAUCCACCACUGCUUCGCCCGCAGUAUGAUGGACCCGGAGGCUCAGCCCACCGCUUUGUGCCACGCGGACUAUUACACGAUGGCUGGCAUCGCUGUGGCAACCUGCCUGGCGGUUUGCCCCGCGGUGGGGUUGAUGGGUCGGCGUGGAGGGCUGCUCACCUUCAUGAUCAUUACAGCCCUGGCCUCCCUACUACAGCUGGGUUUACUCAACUUGAUUGGCAAGUACAGCCUUCGCCAUGACACAGUUCUGCGAGACACUCUGAACAGGAAAUUCUCGGUGGCCUUCUCCAUCAUCGGCAUGUUCUCCUCUCACGCGGUCAGCACACUCAGCAUAUUCUUUUGUGCUGAAAUCACCCCGACUGUCAUCAGGGGUGGAGGACUGGGUCUGGUGCUGGCCAGCGCCGGCUUCGGCAUGCUCACCGCGCCCAUCAUGGAGCUCCACAACCAGAAGGGCUACUUCCUGCAUCACGUGAUCUUCGCCUGCUGCACCCUGCUGUGCAUCAUCUGCCUGCUGCUGCUGCCCGAGCCGCGGGGCCAGCCCCUGCCGGAGAGCCUGGCUGACGGAGAGACCUUCACCCGACAGACGCUGCUCCAUCCAGGAGAGCAGCAUCUCCUACUGGCCAAGAUGGACGGGGAGUACGCCCGCGUCCACGACACGCCCUUACACCUCACGACCACCGGGGGCGCUACGGUGGCAGCAGCAACCGCUCUGGCAGCGGUGCCCGCCUCAUACGCCCUGGCCACUGGCGGGGAGGUGAUUGGAAAUUGCGCCAUAGCCAACGGGGUGUGAGCAUCCUAGCAAUAGUCUACUAAAGUAUUGCUUUAGCAUUAAUCUGAACUGAAUGGUCGUUUAAUUUGUGAAAGAAAAAAAAAACUUUUAAGGGAAAAUAAAGAAUCUUUCGGAUGAACCAGAUGAACUCUUUAACGGUGACGAGAAUACAUUGGUGUAGUUUGUAGUGACUAUGAUUCAUUCAGGAGUUGCCAAAAAAAAAUAUUGUACUGGACCAAGUCUAUCUGAAGUCCGUGUGUGUUAAAUAAUAUGAAAGUCUUGAGUGGUGUUGGUGAUGUUCUUGCACAGCCGUCCGCUCCGACGAGAAUGAUUUACAGGUCAAAGGAGCAGACAAGUGAGGAGGCAAACCAGCUUUGAAUAACGCGUGCUCUGUGAGUUUUCUGUUUGCAGUUUUGAGUCGCUGAGAGGAUUCCACUGCAUCUUAUAAUUCUUUAUAAGUUAUUUUUGCACUAAAUGUCAGAGACACAAUCAAGUGUUUGUGAUUUUCAGCCAACUUGUUUUGAGGAUUGGCUAAACCACUACCACUCUAUUUUGCAUGAAAGGGCACAAAUGUUUUUACAUGUUUUCUCGUAUAUAUUUGUGGUCCCUCUACUAGAAGUCCAAUGUGGCACUUUAUCCUCAGAGACGAGGUCAUGUUUAGACACUGAUUUUUAAAGAAAGCAUUACUGCUACUGGUGCGGGUGUAUGAUGGUUGUCUGAUGUGACGAACAGCCGGAGACCUUGGCAGACUCGUAUGCAUGUAGCCUGUGGAGAGAAUAACGCUGAUCAAAUCUGAGAGUUGAACGGACCGAAGAGUGACCAGUCAGUGUACUAUACUGUAUGUCCUAUGACGCUUCUCAGCAUUUUAAUGGCUUUAUCGUGAUGGCUCUGUUCUUUUUUUUUUUUUUUAACAAAACAGAGAAUUGCAAUUCAAGAAAACCAGUAUUUAUUUUGUCACGCUGCCAAGGGCAAUUUUGUUGCUUGAAAUACCUCCUUAGCAGAUAUUUCCACUCUCACUCCUUGUUCUCCUGUACUGUGGUAAUGUUGUAAUCCUGCUGCUAGGAUGUGUAACUAUAGCCAGAAAGCACAAUAUUUUACAGGUCGUUUUUAAAAUAAACAUUUGUGUAGAUUAGAAUAGAGCAGCGCAGUCUGCACAGACAUUGUGAUUGGUGUACAUAAAUAAACUUUACUACGUAAGUAUCCCUUAGGACUGCAUAAAAAUGUAAGGUACGUAUACAUGUACCAUUCAUUCCUAAUGUAUGGACCAUCAACCUUACUUUUAUAGGAUACACGAUCAUUGAAUAGAUAAACCAUUUUUCAUCCCUAUAGACCAUAUUCAUAUUUAGUACACAGCACGUAUUUUGAACACCCUGUACGGUUUUACUAGUUUGUAUGUUUUCAACAGUUAAACACUCGGAGAAAAAAAACAAAACUCAACCACUAAAUGCUGUUUUCUAAGUGGUAUUUUUUUAAUACGACACAUUUGUACAAAAAGCCAUAGGCCUACAUGUUUUGAUAAUAAACCACUUAAUUUAUUAUGUCAAUAAAAGAACACUUGAUGUGA